GGCAUGACAAGAGUCCCCCCCCCGCCCCCCCCUGCUCUCCCCCCGUCAGCUCGCGGUGGAGGACGAGCGCAGGAAGCACAACUUCUUUUUUACUCGUCGGUCGAACGUCGCUGCGGUGACCUGCUUGACGGUUACCGUUAGCAUCGUCGGAAACAUCUCCACCCCCCAGCCAAAACCCACCCCAGCCAGCGUGCACGCGCAGCGGUGCGGGUCUGGUUUGCACAGCUGCUUCUCGAGAGGUCCCUCUGCCCAACACGUCUCCAGCAGGUAAAGCACUGGGAUGAUUUUAACGGAGUGAGACGCCGCCGUCGAGUGAGAUCUGCAAGGACGCCGACCCACAUCUCCGGUUCGGGGGGGCGGCUGACGUAGCAACUUGGAAGCCUUUCUCGCCCGCGUUCGAACCCUGAGCCCAAUAGAACCUCGAAAUGGAUGGAAUAGGUGCGCUGCAGAGUUCGGCCCCCGAGAACAAGGCCGAGCGGAUCGCCAGGUACAAGGCGGAGAGGAGGAGGGAGCUCGCCGAGCGCUACGGCACCACGGACGAGGCCGCCUCCAAGUACGUCCGCAGGGACCGGAAGGUGGGGGACGCGGCGGAAACGCCGUCUUGGGAGAGCAAAGCAAAGGCGAGCCAUGCGGAUAACGGAUCCGAGCAGGCGUACUCCAGGAGGGGCUGCAGGAACAGAGAGCCGGAAUCCGUGGAGGAGCAGCCUACCCGCGAGCCCGCCCGCUCCCAAGCGGACGCAAUUCUCUCCGGCAAAACGGCAGCGAGGGAGUCCACUCCUCUGAGUCUGCUGGAAACCGAUGACCCGGAGGAACCAAAGGCUGACGAGAAGCCCGUGGACUCCGUCACGAGGACUCCCAAGAUGUCUCUUUACAAGGAGCGGGAGGCGUCGGAGGAUGGAAGCGACGGGCGACGCGCCACCGUCAAGAUGAAGUGUCAGCCGACGAGCAGCGACGAAGACGACUCCUCCGCCAGCCUUCUCAAAAGUGAAAGCAAGUUGAUGGAUGGGAAAGAAGCCCCAGAUGAAGCUCCGUGCAGCGAGCCGCAUGAAAACGCUUCCACCGUCGAAGAAAAGCCGCCCGGUCUGCUCGCCGACGGAGCUCUCCCCCACAGCGAGACCAGAGACGCCUCUCCGCCUCCCUCUCCUCCCUGCCAGCUCGCCUCGCUGCAGCGCCAGGACUCUCGGGGCAUCAGGGGAAUCCUAAAGAAAAGCCGCUCCACCAGCAUGGAGUCGGACCACAGCGAGGGCUCGGCGCCGGAUUGCGCGCCAGCCCGACUAACCGGAGUCACCCUCAGCCACCCAGAGAGUGAGGAGGAGGAGGAGGAUGAAGAGAUUGAGGAGGAGGAGGAGGAGGAAAAUGAGGAGGUCAAUGGGGAAAAUGACGGAGAGGAUGAGUCCUUAACAGACGGAGGGUGCUUCAGCAUCGGCCGACGACAGGAAGAGGAAAGCGGCGGCGGCGGCAGCAGCAGCAGCAGCGGGAGCUUCGAGGCGAUGCGGAGUCCAUCGCCCGACGAGAGCCUCGGGAAGACGUCCUCGGUGUCCGAGGACGUGGAGGAACUGGAGAGCAGUCUGGAUGGAAGCCAGGGCUCCUCGCUCAAACAGAGACUGGCAGAAUUCUCUGGUGAAGGUGAGAAGAAGGACGGACCGAAGACGGCCAAGACAUCCGACUUGGUCCACACUCCACUGGCCGAUCGCUUCGACAAGCUGCAGCACGCUGAAAACGCCUGGAUGAAAAAGAAAUCCAGCGUGGAGGUGGGGGCCAAGACGUCCCUGGCAGACCGCAUGAAGGUCCUCAAGGACAAGGAGGAGCAGUGGAAGAGCAAAGGCAAAGGAGCCGCCAACGACUCUGUCCAGUUCACUGUGGCUGGACGCAUGGCCAGGAAAGGUCUCGUUACAGAAACCGGAAAGGAAGAGUCGACUCUUAUCCCCCUCAAGAAGUGUAAUGCGACGCCCGUGAAGCCGCUGGAAGAAAUCUCCAGUAGAAACGAUGUCAAGGUGGAAGGAGAUAAAAGGCUCGACAAGCUGGAGUCUUUCCUCGACAAGCUACACAAUAAAGGCGUGAGCAAAAGCAAGACUUCCACCGUGGAGGUGACGGCCGAGACGGAGAAAGAGGUGAUGACCCUGGACGACGAGGAGACCUUCGGUAACUUCUACAAAUCCAUGUCCCCGGCGACGCUGCAGGACUCCGGUGUGGUUUUGACGGAAGAGGACCUCAGCCAGAUUUCUGCCGACUCACCAAAACUCACCUCAUCGGUAGCGGAACACAAGCGAGCGGUACGACCAAACCGAAGGAACCAGGGCUCCAGGAACCCUCUGCGUGCUCUGGCCGCCCGCAACGACCUGCGGCAGGUCUACACUGAGCAGAGGCUCAACGUGGCCUCGCUGGAGACCAAGAGGAUCCAAGUGGAGAGGAUGGCAAAACAUUCCAAAACCAACCUGGCUGACGUGGCCUUGGCGGGCCUCGCGAGCAAGGAGAACUUCCGCAAGAUCAACCUGCGCGACGUGAAAUCCACCGAUGUUGUGACCAACAACAGCACGCUGCCUUUCAACAAGCUCAUGCUCAUUCGCGUCAAAGGUCGCCGGCACAUCCAGGUGCGCCUGGUGGAGCCGACGGCGCGCUCCUUAAACAGCGGCGACUGCUUCCUGCUCAUAACGCCGAAGCACUGCUACAUGUGGAGCGGCGAGUUCGCCAACGUGAUCGAGAAAGCCAAGGCGUCGGAGAUGGCGGCGUUUGUCCAGGCCAAGAGGGACCUCGGCUGCAAGGCCUCCCAGGUGACUGUGCUGGAGGAGGGCAUCAACACCGACAGCAGAUGGGCCAAAGAGUUCUGGAGCCUGCUGGGCGGACAAACCCAAUACAGAGGUGCAGGGGAGCCAGAGGAGGACGAGCUGUAUGAGAGUGGAGUUCUGGACUCUAACGGGGUGUACAGACUCCACGGGGAGAAGCUGGUGCCUCAUGAAGACGCCUGGGCCUCCAUGCCAAGUGUCACCUUGCUGGAUUCUAAAGAGGUCCUAGUGUUUGAUUUCGGCGGCGAAGUGUACGUUUGGCACGGGAAGGACGUGCCUUUGGGUGACCGGAAGGUUGCCGUGAAACUGGGCAAGCAGCUUUACGGCGGCAGCUACGACUACAGCAACUGCAGGGUGAACCCUUUAGACGCCUCCUUCACCACUUCGGAUGUGCCUCAGCAAGGGGAGGGUCGUCCGAGCUGGACUCUGUUUGGCCGGCUGUCGGAGCACAACGAGACGUCCCUGUUCAGAGAGAAGUUCCUGGACUGGGCCGACAGGAAGAAGGAGGAAGCGGCUCAAGCGGAUGAAGUCAAGAGCCCGAUCCGCUCCGUCGAGCGGCCCUCGCUUGAACUGGAGCUGCAGCCGUGCGACGCCAAGGCCCUGCUGGACCACGAGCCGGAGCCCGUGAAGACGGUGCUGGAGGGGGUGAACGUCCAGCGGGGCCACGGCCUGGUGAGGGCCGACGACGGGCGCCAGGCGGAGCUGGCCACCGUCGACGUCGACGCCUGGCACAUCAAAGAGCACGGAGAGGAGGAGCUGCCUAAAGAGAGCCUGGGCCAGCUGCACCAGGGCGACGCCUACAUCGUCCGCUGGAAGUACUCCGUCACCACGCUCGUGGGUAAGCGGCAGAAACCCGGGGAGCUCAGUGCCGGCACUCCGGGGAGAGAGAGGACCGCCUGCUUUUUCUGGCAAGGCAGCCAGUCCAGCAUCAGUGAGAAGGGAACUUCUGCUCUGAUGACAGUGGAGCUGGGCAGCCACAGGGGCUCACAAGUGUUGGUGAGUGAGGGAAAAGAGCCUCCGUGCUUCCUGCAGCUCUUCCAGGGCGGUUUGAUCAUCCACAAGGGCAGUAGAGAAGAUUACGCCAACAAGACAGCUGGCUGGCGGUUGUUCUGCGUCCGGGGGGAGGAGGAGGUGGAGGCCUCCCUGGUGGAGGUAGAUUGCCAGCACGCCAGUCUGCGCUCUCGUGCCAGCCUGGUGCUUCUGAACGCCCAGAAAGGCCUCCUGUUCUUGUGGCACGGCUGUAAAGCCCACGCCGGCGCCAGGCGGGUGGCCAAAAGAGCUGCGGACAGAGUCACCCAGAGGUGUCCCUCUGAGUUGGGUCUGAGCAGCAGCAACAGCAGCGUGGAAGUGGAGGAGGUGGAAGAGGGAUCUGAGCCCGCCGAGUUCCAGAAGGCUCUGGGCCCGCAGGACACGAAGGCCUACGACUGUAUGCUGCAAGAUCCAGGAAAGUACAACUUCACACCGCGGCUGUUCCGGCUGAGCGCCAGCUCCGGGCUGUUCGAAGGGGAGGAGCGCCUGUAUCCUGCCAGAGUGACGGAGGGCGUCAUGGCGAUGCCCUUCCUGCAGGAGAACCUCUACUCCUCACAGCAGCCAGCCCUGUUCCUGCUGGAUAACCGGAUGGAGGUGUACCUGUGGCAGGGCUGGCAGCCCGACGACACGCAGUGUACCGGCUCGGCCAAGAUGCGCUGGAACAGCGAGAGGAAGUGUGCCAUGGAGACCGUGCUGCAUUACUGCAAAGAGAAGAACCCUCGGCGCCCCCCUCUGGCGUAUCUGGUCCUAGCAGGCUGUGAGCCGCUCACCUUCACCAAUAUCUUCCCAUACUGGGAGAAGGACACCAGCAUCAUAAAGACGCAGAGCUCCAAGAACAAGGUGAUGUUGGUGAAGGAGGCGCUCGCUCAGCUCAGCAAGCUGCAGUACUCCAUCGAGGAGCUGACCAGCAAACUGCUGCCGGAGGGAGUGGACCCUCUGCGGCUGGAGGACUACCUGUCCGACCAGGACUUCAAGACGCUUCUUGGGAUGAGUCGAGUUGAGUUCAACGCUCUGCCAAACUGGAAGCAAAAGAAUCUGAAGAAAAGCAAAGCCCUGUUUUAAAACUUUCUUUUUGUACUAAAAUGUUUGUUUUUAAUGUUCCUGCAGCUUUUAUAACAUUUGAGAGAGAAUUAUAUCCUCAUUUCGUAAUGUACAAGAACAGCAGACAUAUAAUUUUGUUGAAAUAUUGAUCUAUUUCAUGUGUCUCUGAAAUAUUUUAGCCGAUCAUUAUGUGCAAUUAUUAACCUUUUUGAUGGCAAGAUGUUUUCCCUGUAUGGCCUAAAUAGUUACACUCACAUUAUAAAUAUGUAAUAUACUAUAAAUGAAUGUGUUUUUACGUAAUGACACCACACUGUGUCAACCUUCACGUGAGAGUGUGUUUGUAUCAGAAUUGCCAAUGUUGUUACAAUGUAGGGACUUAUUCAUUGUAAAAGACAGCUGUGUGCAACUGGAUUAAAUCCUCUAGCAAAAGAAGCAAAUCAAGUCAAAGUUCGGAGAACAAUCCCCACGACCUGUGAAAGCAACGCAGUGCAUUAGGAUUGAACUCCUGACGUCUGACUCGCAUGGAUAUAAAUGCAAAUAUGUAUUUUAACCGUAAAUGUAUUCCGAAAGUAAACUCUGAGAUCCCAAAGAAAACGGAGACAACCCGUCGCAUGGCGGAGACUCGCUGCCGUCGGCUCCCCUGAAACUGGCCAAUGACUUUUUGUUUGUUUGGUACUGAAUACUUUGUGGUUCUCAUGAGUAUCCGCCCGUGUGUCAGUAAUGUCAGCCCUCAUCAAGUGGUUGCUAGGGACCAAAUCAAAUCGUUUUGUCGUGUGUGCGUGUGUGCGUGCGUGCGUGCGUGUGUGUGUGUGGAGCGAGAGUAUCUGGAGUAUAAACUGCCUUUUUAUAGCUGGAGCUGACACCACAAGCAUGUGAUGCAAAUGUGAUGCGAGGGUAUGUUAUGCAUAAAAAAUACUGCCUGUGAUUUCUGAUUUCGGAGAAGAAGAAUUGCGUAACAAUUGUGUUUUCAUCUUUUUUGUGAUACAUAAACUCGUCACUGCGUGUGGAGACGGCUUCCAGAGUAUUUCUUGUAUUUCAUGGCACAUUAAUGGUCAACAUCGGUGGUGGGGAAAUGAGAUAUUGAUGCUCAAGAUUUCCCUUUUAAAUAAAGUAUUGUAAAAAAUA